AUGCACAUCGGACAGGCACACCUCCUCCUCAGCACACCCAGCCUUUCCGUCUCGUCGGCCAAUCUCUCUUUCGGGCACCUCAUCUGCAAAAAGGGAAGCCAGCGAGCCAGCGAGCAAGCCGAGAUGUUCCUACAACGAGGUUCGCGCCUACUGCAGAGGCAACUGAGGACCUCGCAGGCCACCGUCCGCGUGGCCCUCGGGCGAAAGGGCGGCAACGGCACCAGUAGUAUCGGCGUCAUCACGACGGCCGCUCCAGCAACAGGUCGGUGGUUUACCGAGUCGCGGAGGCUAUGUGCUCUCAAGCCCGUCCUCCUGGCCGACAUUGGCGAGGGCAUCGUCGAAUGUGAAGUCAUCCAGUGGUUCGUCGAGCCCGGCGCACGGGUCGAGGAGUUCUCCCCGCUCUGCGAGGUCCAGAGCGACAAGGCCUCCGUCGAGAUCACGAGCCGGUUCACGGGCACCGUCAAGAAGCUCUACUACGAGGCUGGCGAGAUGGCCAAGGUCGGGAAGCCCUUUGUCGACAUCGACAUCGACAUCGAGGCAGGCGAGGAGGCAGAAGUCCCGGCGGCAUCCGCCCCGAAGCAGGAGCCGCAGCCGCAGCAGCAUCAGCAGCAGCAGCAGCAGCAGCAGCAGCAGGAGCAGCCACCUGUGAUGGCGUCCAAGCCGAAGCAGAAGGGCCCGAUGGCGACGCUCGCGACACCCGCCGUUCGCCAUCUGUCCAGGGAGCUGGGCGUCGACAUUGCCGACAUCGACGGCAGCGGUAAGGGCGGCCGGGUGCUCAAGGAGGACAUUCUCAAGUUUGUGCAGGGCCGGGAAGCGGCAGCGUCGACGUCGGCAACGUCGGCGACGCCGUCGUCACAACUUCACCAUCCGCCACCCCCAGACGGGUCCGCGGCGGUGCAGACGGAGACGCGGGUGCCGCUCUCGCAGACGCAGCACAUGAUGUUCAAGACCAUGACGCGCUCCCUCACGAUCCCCCACUUCCUCUACGCCGACGAGGUCGACUUCUCGGACCUCGUCAGCCUUCGCGGCCGGCUGAACAAAGUUCUCGCUCGGUCGGCCGGCCACGACGACCUCCAGCCGGCCAAGCUCUCGUACCUCCCCUUCAUCAUCAAGGCCGUCUCCCUCGCCCUCUACCAGUUUCCGAUCCUCAACGCGCGCGUCGACGCCGGCACCGACGCCGGCGAUCGUCCCUCUGUCGUGCUCCGAUCCCAGCACAACAUCGGCGUCGCCAUGGACACGCCCCAGGGCCUGCUCGUGCCGGUCAUCAAGAACGUGGGCGCGCUCAACAUCGUGGCCAUCGCCGCCGAGCUCGUCCGGCUUCAGGCGCUCGCCCAGGCCGGCAAGCUCACGCCCGGCGACAUGGCAGGCGGCACCAUCACCGUCUCCAACAUCGGCAACAUCGGCGGCACCUACCUGAGCCCCGUCAUCGUCGAGCGCGAGGUGGCCAUUCUCGGCAUCGGCAGGAUGCGCACCGUGCCGGCCUUUGACGAGAACGACGCCGUCGUCAAGAAGCACGUGUGCAACUUCAGCUGGAGCGCCGACCACCGCGUCGUCGACGGCGCCACCAUGGCCCGGGCCGCCGACGUCGUACGACGGGUCGUCGAGGAGCCCGACGUGAUGGUGAUGCACCUGCGGUAA